AGAAAUAUCCCACCAGGGGGUGGGGCACACGAACAGUAUCUGUAAAUGCUGUGAUUUUUUUUUUUUUUUUUAAUUAUUUAGUUUAUCUAGCACAUUCUCUAUCCACUCUUCUUAAGGCACUCUUUCUCGGGAGAUACCUGCAGGGCUUUGGAAUUGGGCUCACCCACCCAGCAACCAAAAGGUUGAUUUUAAAUAUUGUGUUAGUCCAUCUUAAACAAGGGAAACCAUGUAAGCUCUAAUGCAAGAUGAUCCUUUGGAGAAAAUUGGAGGAAUUACAUUUUGUAGUUGGAACAUUAAGGGCAUUAAUGAGGCAAUUAAAAGGGGUAAGGUUCUAGCCCAUUUAAAAUCAAUUAAUGCUGAUAUAAUAUUUUUACAGGAAACGCAUCUCAAGGAUGGAGCGCACAACAGGCUGAAGGCUAACUGGAUUGGCCAAUUAUAUCAUUCUACUUUUCUCUCUAAAGCUAGAGCGUUACCCUGUACGCAGGCGCUUCGUCGAUAUGUUGCAACGCUGUGCGUGAGAGAAAUGAACGACUGAGACAGAUUUUCAAAAGCAAUCUUGCAAGAUGAUGUAACUGCAAACCUAGCGAUAAGAACCAGUUCGGCUGCAGCUUGUUCGUCAGUUUGAGCUGGGACUCGGCCAGAACCAAUCUUUGGCCAGAGCCGCCCUCGAAAAGCUAACUGGGAACUUUAUUUAGUAAAAUGGUGGUAGCUUGUCACGGUGCGGUGUGCCUGCUCUUUCUUGUUGCAUGUCUCCAGAGAGGAGCCGAGGGCGGACAACUGUUGGUGGUACCAGUGGAUGGAAGUCAUUGGUUAAACCUAAAGGCUCUCAUGGACGAACUUGGGAAGAGAGGUCAUGAUGUGGUCGUGGUUAUACCUGAAAUCAGUAUGAACAUGGGUCCAUCCCCUCAUUACACCACGAAGGUUUACCCCGUCCCCUACAGCAGGGAACUAAUGGAAAGCAUGAAACCAACGAUUGUAACCAACACGUCCUUCUUCCAAGAAAUCGGGAACAUCUUUCGGGGGGCGGGUAGACUUAGGGAUUUCUUCCUGACCACUUGUGAGAGUCUGCUGUACAACUCAGAGUUGAUGUCGGAGCUGGCCGAAAGAAACUUCACCGCGGUGCUGACUGAUCCCUUUGUCCCCUGCGGCGCGAUCGUUGCAGAGUUCCUCUCCCUUCCCACAGUCAAUUUGCUGCGAGGAAUUCCUUGCGGGUUGGAUUAUUCAGCCACUCAGUGUCCCAGACCACUCUCCUAUGUGCCCAGAUUCUUCACAGGAAACACCGAUCGAAUGACUUUUCUGCAAAGGAUAAAAAACCUGCUGGUCAAUUUCUUGGAGCCGUGGCUCUGCCGUUUUCUGUACGCACCGUUUGAAGAGCUGGCCAUCAGGUUUCUGAAGAAGGACGUGACUCUGGUCCAGCUACUGAGCCAGACCUCCAUCUGGCUGAUGCGAUACGACUUUAUCAUGGAGUAUCCCAGACCCCUGAUGCCAAACAUGGUCCUUGUUGGAGGCAUCAACUGCAAGGAGAGGAAACCUCUGCCUCAGGAACUGGAAGAAUUUGUAACCAAUUCUGGAGAGCAUGGUGUGGUAAUCUUCACCCUGGGGUCAAUGGUAUCGGAAAUUCCUCGUGUAAUAGCCGAUCGUAUUGCAGAUGCUUUGGGGCAAAUUCCUCAGAAGGUACUCUGGAGAUAUACUGGAGAGAUUCCCACUACACUGUCACCAAACACAAAAUUAGUAAAAUGGUUACCACAGAAUGAUCUACUGGGACAUCCUAAAACACGAGCCUUCAUCACCCAUGGAGGGACCAAUGGAAUCUACGAGGCUAUCUGCAAUGGUGUGCCAUCCAUCAUGCUGCCACUGUUUGGGGAUCAGUACUAUAACGUGAAACAUAUGGUGGAUCGUGGUGCUGGUAUCAAUUUGGACAUAAAGCAUAUGAGCUCUCAUGACCUAGUCAAUGCUUUAAAUACAGUCAUCAACAAUACCAGGUACAAAGAAACAAUGAUGCAGUUAUCUGCAAGGCAUAAGGAUCGGUUAGUUGAGCCGAUGAAACUCUCUAUCCAUUGGGUGGAAUUUGUGAUGAAGCACAGAGGGGCAGAACACUUACGUCCUGCAGCUCAUGACCUCAACUGGAUCCAGUACCACUGUCUAGAUGUUGUUGGUGUGUUGCUUGUCUCUGUGGUGACCUCCAUAUACCUAACAGUUAAAUGUUGUUCAUUGUGCUGUAAGAGAUACUUGUGUGGAGGCAGAAAUCUGAUGAAGAAAAAAUCAGAUUGAAGUGGACAUCAAUCAUUCCUUAAAUAUUUGAAGAUUACUUUAUCUUUAUCAUUGGUUAAAAGAUAACCAAAUUCAUGAGAAACAACGUGUGCUUGUUCAUCUCAGUUUGUGAAUGGGAAUUGAGAGGUUAGUCGUGGAAGGAAUGGACGGUGCAUGGGGAUUUUCUUCGUUCUCACUGAAUUUUGUUUGUUAAAAAUUAUUCUCUAAUUCUCUAAAUUUUGUUUAAACAAAAUAUUUUGGAAAUGUAUGGAAUGAACACAAGAUAUAUUUUUGUGGUUGUUAAUCUUAGACAUAUAAUUCACAAGAUUAUUGCAUAUAAAUAAUUUGAAAAGCAGGUUCAUUGUAAAACUAACAAGUUCACUGAUUUUUGGCUGAAAGUGACCAAGUU